AUGGAGCUCGAGCGUCCAGCGUUAGCUGCUGCGCACAUGGACAACUCCAAUGUGCGCUCCAACAAGCGUUCAGGAACCCGAGCUGCAGUUGCCGCUCCUCCUCCUGCAACACGCUACAGCCAAAUCAGCAGCGGCAGCGACGAGGACAGCUCCGCUCCAUCUUCCAAGGACCUUUACGCGGGCUCUGAAUCUUUCCGAAACCUGGAUGUGGGUGUCCUCAAAGACAGCUCCGCCGCCAACCGACUAGCCUGGGUCCGCUCUCAGAUCAUCGGCAGUGACGCGGAAUUCGAUUCUCCGUUCGGGAAGCGCAGGAUUACUUACGCUGAUCAUACUGCCUCCGGCAGAUCCCUCCACUACAUCGAGACUUUCAUAAUCAACAAUGUUCUUCCUUACUACGGCAACUCCCACACUUCGGACAGCUACGUAGGCGGCAGGACGACGAAAAUGGUGGAAGAGGCCGCCGCAUACAUCAAGAGAUGUUUGGGCGGAGGAGCGGAGGAUGUGAUCCUGUUCUGCGGCUCCGGAAGCACGGCGGCGAUCAAGCGGUUGCAGGAAGUGAUGGGAAUCGCCGUCCCGUCGACAUUGCGGGAAAGGUGCUUGAAGAAAUGUCUGACUGGGGAAGAAAACAGAUGGGUUGUGUUCGUUGGACCUUACGAGCAUCAUUCCAACCUACUUUCCUGGCGCCAGAGCUUAGCUGAAGUGGUCGAAAUUGGACUAGAUGAGAAUGGGUUAAUUGAUAUCAAGGAACUCCAGAGGGAACUGCAGUCGGGUAAAUUUGCAAACAGACCAAUUCUGGGUUCAUUUUCAGCUUGCAGUAACGUGACCGGGAUUCAUUCUGAUACUCGGGAGAUCGCCAAGCUUCUUCACCGACAUGGAGGUUUUGCCUGCUUUGAUUAUGCAGCAAGUGGCCCGUAUGUGGAAAUUGACAUGAGAUCUGGUACGAUUGAUGGCUAUGAUGCUGUAUUCCUCAGCCCGCAUAAGUUUCUGGGUGGCCCUGGAACUCCUGGAAUACUGUUGAUGAACAAAAUUCUGUACCAGCUCGGCUCAGCUCCUCCUUCAACCUGUGGUGGUGGAACUGUUGAUUAUGUCAAUGGACUAAACGAGAAGGACACAUUGUAUUCAGAGGAAAUUGAGUCUCGAGAGAAUGGUGGAACUCCUCCAAUCAUCCAGACAAUUCGAGCUUCAUUGACAUUCUGGAUUAAGGAAUACAUCAACUAG